AUGGCCGGAAAAAGUAAGAUUUUGAUAAUCGGCGCCACCGGACACAUCGGAAAAUUCAUCGUUCAGGCCAGUGCCGACGCCGGCCACCCGACCUCCAUUCUAGUCCGAGAGUCCACUCUCUCUAACCCCGCGCCUCCGAAAGCCGAUCUAAUCAAACGCUUCAGAAAUUCCGGCGUCAAUUUCAUCCUCGGAGAUUUGUACGAUCACGAGAGCUUGGUGAAAGCUAUAAAGCAGGUGGAUGUAGUUAUAUCUGCUGUUGGCUAUGCUCAGUUGAGCGAUCAACACAAGAUUCUAGCUGCUAUUACGGAAGCUGGAAAUGUGAAGAGAUUCUUUCCUUCGGAAUUUGGUAAUGAUGUGGACCGAGUACAUGCUGUGGAGCCCGCAAAGUCGACAUUUGGGAAAAAGGCCCAAUUCCGCCGCUUGGUGGAGGCUUCGGGAGUCCCUUACACAUAUGUCUCGAGCAAUUUCUUUGCCGGUAUAUAUCUUAAAACACUGGCACAGCUGGAUUCCUCUGCCCCACCAAGGGAUAAAGUUGUAAUCUUUGGGGAUGGCAACACAAAAGCUGUGUAUAACAAGGAAGAAGAUAUUGCCACAUACACGAUUAAGGCCGUGGAAGAUCUAAGAACCCUGAACAAGAUCCUCUAUAUUAGACCUUUUCACAACUCUAUCUCCCUAAACGAGCUCAUGACGUUGUGGGAGAAUAAGUGUGGCGUAAAACUUGAAAGGAAGUACAUUCCUGAGGAACAAAUUCUGAAAGACAUUCAAGGCAAGAAAGAAAACUUGCUUAAAAAGGCAUCGGUCCCACUGAAUGUGAGAUUAGCUAUCAGCCACUCUGUGUUUGUGAAGGGGGAUCAGACGAACUUCGAGAUCGAGCCCUCGUUUGGAGUGGAGGCGUCGGAGCUUUAUCCGGAUGUUAGAUAUGCCACUGUGGAUGAAAUGCUUGACCAAUAUGUCUGA